AUGAUGCAUAUGAUCUGGUCAGCUCAUGCUGCAAUUGGUCGGUUUGUGUCUCAUGGAUUGAAUUUUGGGAGCGAGAAAAACACUAAUUUGACUAAGGAUGAUUUUGUACAAGCAAUGAAAGGUUUCUUGUCUAUUGUAAUGCAUGUUAUUACUAAAUCUGCUUCUGAAGAAGGGCAUGAAGUCUGGCAGGAUGUUGGUGGUCUAAUUGAAAUUCACAAUUCUAUCAAAGAGAUUAUGUGCCUUCUUGUAGAUAUUGGGACUUGAGGCAACCUCAUCCGGUUCACACUCAACAACUUAACUCCCUAGGCGAUGCUAUGCACUUACUGUGACGCUCCAUUUUGUUUUUGGAAUUUCCAGGAAAGACUAAAUUUGUUGCAAUAUGAGUUUCUCAUUUAAUUAGUUUUGCAGGUGUACAUUUUGACUUGCAAAAAUAGUCUUUGUUUUUGAAAGUUUAUCACAGUUUUGGUUCUUGUGGUGUACUCUUUCAGUUUUCAAGGGA